ACACCGGAGGGGGGCGGGUCAGGAAGUGGGGGCGCGGCGGCCGGGAGCUGUCCUGGGGCUGCCGAGGGGCUCGGCGACGCUGAGGACCGGCGACUCCGGGCCGCGCGGGAGCCUGAGGGGCGCCGGGACCUCCGCGGAGACGAUGGCGGAGGAAGAAGGACCAACUGUAGAACUGCGCCAGAGAAGAAAGCUGAAGUCUUCAGAAAAUAAGGAAUCUGCCAAAGAAGAGAAAAUUCACGAUACUCUAAUGCCUGAAAGAGCUCCAAAACAUGUAUUAUUUCAGCGCUUUGCAAAGAUUUUCAUUGGCUGUCUUGCAGCAGUUACUAGUGGUAUGAUGUAUGCUCUGUAUUUAUCAGCAUACCAUGAACGGAAAUUCUGGUUUUCCAACAGGCAGGAACUCGAACGAGAAAUCACAUUUCAAGGUGACAGUGCCAUUUAUUAUUCUUAUUAUAAAGAUAUGUUAAAAGCGCCCUCAUUUGAAAGAGGUGUUUAUGAAUUGACACACAAUAACAAAACUGUAUCUCUGAAGACUAUAAAUGCAGUGCAGCAAAUGUCUCUAUAUCCAGAACUUAUCGCCAGUGUUUUGUAUCAAGCAACUGGUAGCAAUGAGAUUAUUGAGCCAGUAUACUUCUAUAUUGGCAUUGUUUUUGGAUUGCAAGGAAUAUACGUUACUGCUUUAUUUGUUACAAGUUGGCUUAUGAGUGGAACAUGGCUAGCAGGAAUGCUUACUGUUGCAUGGUUCAUUAUUAACAGGGUAGAUACAACAAGAAUUGAAUACUCCAUUCCUUUAAGAGAAAACUGGGCACUGCCAUACUUUGCAUGCCAAAUUGCUGCACUUACAGGCUAUUUAAAAAGCAACCUAAAUACUUAUGGAGAGAGGUUUUGCUACUUGUUGAUGAGUGCUUCAACUUACACGUUUAUGAUGAUGUGGGAGUACAGCCACUAUCUCUUAUUUCUUCAAGCAAUAUCUCUAUUCUUGCUAGAUAGUUUUUCACUGGAGCAAAGUGAGAAGGUUCAUGAAGUUUAUAAAAUCUAUAUAUUUUCUCUCUUUCUGGGAUAUUUACUGCAGUUUGAGAAUUCAGCUUUAUUGGUGUCUCCUCUAUUAAGUUUAGUAGUAGCCUUAAUGCUUGCUAAGUGCCUUCAGCUGAAUGUGAAAAAAGGAACUUUUAUAGCCAAAAUAAUGAAAGUGAUUAAUUUUUACUUGGUGUGUACUCUGACAGUGACAUUGAAUAUUAUAAUGAAGAUGUUUGUCCCACACAAAGAAAAUGGGCACAUGCUGAAAUUCCUUGAAGUAAAAUUUGGAUUAAAUAUGACUAAGAAUUUUACAAUGAAUUGGCUCCUGUGUCAAGAAUCCCUGCAGACACCAUCUCAAGAUUUUUUUUUGCGAUUGACACAGUCUUCUUUAUUACCUUUCUAUGUUUUAGUGUUAAUUAUUUGUUUUCUUUCUAUGAUGCAAGUUAUUUUUAGAAUUAAUGGCAAGUCCUUGAAAGAAACUAUUACGCUUGAAGAUGGACGAAUUGGAGGAAGGCCAGAAAUAAUUUAUCAUGUGAUUCAUACUAUUUUAUUGGGCUCUCUUGCAAUGGUUAUAGAAGGCUUGAAAUACCUCUGGACUCCUUAUGUAUGCAUGUUAGCAGCAUUUGGUGUAUGUUCUCCUGAACUUUGGAUGACACUUUUCAAGUGGCUUCGAUUACGAACAGUACACCCAGUGUUAUUGGCUCUUAUUCUGAGCAUGGCUGUGCCCACUAUAAUAGGUCUCAGCUUAUGGAAAGAGUUUUUUCCAAGAUUAAUGACAGAACUAAUGGAACUACAAGAAUUUUAUGACCCAGAUACAGUGGAACUUAUGACCUGGAUAAAAAGGCAAGCUCCAGUUGCAGCUGUGUUUGCAGGGAGUCCACAGUUAAUGGGUGCGAUUAAAUUAUGCACGGGAUGGAUGGUGACCAGCUUACCUCUUUACAAUGAUGAUGAUCUUCUCAAGAGAAAUGAAAAUAUCUAUCAAAUCUAUUCAAAGCGAUCUGCUGAAGAUAUUUAUAAAAUACUGACAUCCUACAAGGCUAAUUACCUAAUUGUAGAGGAUGCUAUCUGCAAUGAGGUGGGAACCAUGAGAGGCUGUAGGGUUAAAGAUUUAUUAGACAUUGCAAAUGGCCACGUGGUUUGCGAAGAAGGUGACAAGUUGACCUAUUCAAAAUAUGGGCGAUUUUGUCAUGAAGUCAAAAUUAACUAUUCUCCAUAUGUGAAUUACUUCACUAGAGUAUACUGGAACAGAUCCUACUUUGUAUAUAAAAUCAACACUGUGAUAUCCUUUCAGUCUUGAAAAUAGCAGAGUCUUCAUUUCAAAGACCUAUCACUUGAAGUAAAAUGUGAUUUUCUUCUACUUACAUGGUGUCUUUUGGAAAUCAGAGGAUGGACAUUUGAAAUGUUGCUGCUGCUUUUCCCCUCCUGCUGUUAACUGGAUCCAGAGUUCUGCAAGAAUAGAACAUCAAGCAUUACUGUCCUUUGGUAAAAUGUCAAAUCUGCCACAAUAUUCCAGUCAGGUGUUUUCCUUAUCAUUACAUGGUCUUUGAAUACUUUAUCUUUUCAAUUAUUAUAAAAUUGCCCUCAUAAAUCUUCAUUCUGUCAUAACAUAGGUCUUGAAUUUGAAUAUGUUCAAGGUCAGAGUAUAUUUCUCAGACAUAACAUUUAAUAAAUAUACCAUUUAAUGUCAUAAUUAUAGACUAGAAGGAAAGAACUCUUCUUACCCUUGAGGCAGUUUCUGAAGGCAUUUCAUGGUUUAUAAUAGAAUUGAAAUAUUACAAUAAAAAUUAAUUUAAAUGUUAGCUGAAAAUAUGUGACAUUUAAAUUAAAAUGUGUAAAUUGUGUAAAGGAACAUGAUUUUGAAGGAUAUAUAUAAAGAUAUAUCCAGAUUUUCCAUGAUACUGCUCUCCUCACCUGCUGCUUAUAUAAAUGUGCACUUUCUUAGUAAUAUAGAGGACAUAAUAUUGCAUUUUAUUAUUUUAUGACUAUUAAGUGGUUAGCCUUUUUCACUUAUACCCAUAAAUUUAAUACCAAUUUAAUCAUGAUAAAACAGUGUAACUGUUGUUACCUAAAUAUUUUUGAAACAUUUAAAAGAAUGUUGUUCUGGUUUUUAAAGGGGUAGAAUGGGGUAUACAGUCUAUUCACAUACUUUCUACUGACGUAUUAAAUAAAAAAUUAAGUCUUUAUCAGAAUGAGAAUAUUCUGAUAUUAAUAACUAAAAUGACAACACUAAAACGAACAAUUUCCUGAGAUGGGGCAGAGGCUAUUAAACAUACUUCUGCAUGCAGAUAUGUUUACCAUAAAGCACAAAUGCUGUUAUUUAUGAAACUAUAGUACAGUCUUCAACAUUAAGAACAAAAUGACAAUUCUAAUAAAAUUCACAACACAGUUUCACAGUCUAAAUGCUACGUUCCUUUAGGUUAAAUGUUUUCGUAUUUUUAAUCACUUAUUAAAAGAAAUUCUUAAGUGAUUCAUUGGGGCAUAUAAAGAGAUUCAGGAUAGAUGUAUCAUUUUAAUAAGAUGGGAUGCAUGUUUAGUUUUACCUUAUGCAUAUGUUUAGUGAAUAGAUUUUUAAAAUUUUCACUUGUUAGAGUGUUGUAAAAAUUGCAGUUUCAGUACUCUGAAUUACUACUUUAGAAGGGAGCAUCUUUUCAUUAUCCUUAUUUUCGGGUAUAUAUAUGUGGGGCUUUUUUUUUUUUAAGUGCAAAAGCACAUGCACUCUUAGACUAGCUUGAGGAUGCUUUGCUUUUUUAGAGCUUCAGAAUUAAUUGUUUGAUGGCAGUGUCAUAUAUCUGGUGUACUAGUUUUAUUUGGUUCUCAUUUCAUGCUUUUAUAUAAUUUUUAACAAUUAACAUAUUUCAAGGCAGGGCAUUUCAGGUUCUCUGCACGUCUUAAUAGUGAGUCAUUAGUAUUGAACUUCAAGCCUUAUGAAAAUAUUACUGUGGUUACCUAAGUACACAGCAAAGGGUCACCUGGUAGUCCUUGUGAUUAGAGCAUGUAAAGCAAUGUAACUUCAGGGUUAGCUUGCAUAUGUUGAAAGGGAAAUAGAAUAACCUAUGUAGCGUGAAAUAUUUAAUUGAAUUUGUAUUGAUUUAUAUUAUCAAAUAUGCUGAGUUCAUUUUGAUGUGUGUUUUUUGACUUUGUUUUGGCUUUUGACAUAAACAUAUUAGUGAGUUGCUUUUGCUUCUGCCAAAGGAAAUUUAUUUAUUUCUUAAAUAAAAUUGAUUUGGAGAAGCUUUUAAUUUAAUUUUUUAAAUGAUAAGUUGUUCAUUCAGCAUCAGUUGAAAAGGAAAAUGUGAGCUUUAUUAUAGAAGUAAUAAUAUUGGAUACAAGAGAUUAGCUUCUAUUUUAAUUAUAGUUAAAACAGUAGUAGUAGGAAACUUUGAGGAACAUUUUAUUAAUUUCCUUGCUUAUUUGUAGGGUAAAAACUGGUUAAAAGUUCUGUAAGUAAUUCCAUUUGGGUAACUUACAGUUGUUAGAUUUUCAUAGGUUAUAAAAACCUAUGAAAGGAGCAAAGUUUACGGUUUUAGGAUGAAAGGAAUUUCUCAAAGAAAUACAAAACAUACUUUGCCCUUGAUGUUGCAAAACCAUGGAAAUAAGUGCCUUAACUUCUUUAUUUCUCUUUACUUUUUAUUUUCAAAAAAUAUUAUCUACUUUUUUCUAUAAUUUGGUAUCUGUUUCCUCAUCAUUAAGCACAGAGAAAAACUCCUCACUAGGCUAUUUUUAGUAUUGACUUUAAUUCGUUAAUAAGCAAAUCUUUGGUAAGGGUAGCGAUGGGAUUUUUUGCCUGCUAAAUUAAUUUAUCUAGCUUCCCAAAUGCCAAACAGUCUAACAAAUAAAACUUAAUUGAUAUGGUUUAUGAUAUUGACUCUGUGCUGGUUUAUAUUUUUUCCCACUUUGGCAUCUUGGUGCUUUUUGUUAGACUGGUGGGGUUUUACAGCCGAGGAAGUAUGCAUUAUACUUUAGAACUAACUGUUUUCUUCAUUACUUUUUGUGUAUAUGGACAGCAUAUUUUUUCAGAACAUUAACCCAAACUGCACAUAGCCUCAAUGUUGUGGCACUCUUCCAUACACUCCAGAUUGGUUUAAGGAAAAGCAGAAAUGGAGGUCAAAGUGUGUUACAAGUUGGGGCUGGAAAAUAGGCUUUAAAAAAAUAGGUUCUUAAUUUCUUGAAGGGCACAGUGAUAGCCAUCUUACUAAAACUGUUUUGUUUUUGAGAAAUCAACUGUUUUUUCGCCCUGUUUUUGAACUGUUAAAACAUUUUAUUGCCUUUAGUGGAUAGAUAAAAAGUAGUGCCUCUCUUUAUAAAAUUGAUGGGGUUUCUAAAAGUUGUAUGUAGGUCAAUCUUUUUGGUAGAUUUAUUUUAAAUGCAUGAAUAUUUAAACAUCACGUGUUAUAAAUUCUGUAUAUUUAAGAACUUUUUGUAAAGCAAAUAACUACUUCCUGUACAUCUCAAUAUAUUCUCACUUCAAUUGUCCACUUUUUAAAUAUAUGGUCUCUAUUGUUGCCAUUUGCUAAUAGUUUUAGAUCCCAAUAUGUAUUAAAAUUACAACUUUGAAAAGUUGCAAGUAAAGUUAAACAAUUCUUAUUGAAAUAAUGGCUCGUUAUUAGCUUUUUGAAUGUUUAGAGUUAACACUUUAAGUAAAAUUAGAUGUGAAAAUUGCAAAGAAUAUAUUUAACUCAACUAUUUUCCAUCUAUUAAGGUUUCUAAAAUUAUACUUGUUUUCUGUAAUAAAAAAGGGGCAUUGAAGAAUCAGAUUUGCUGAAUUUAGCAUAAAGUCAUCUUUGAAUCACUUGUUUAUGUCUCUUAGAAUUUGCAAAAUUUUAAUCUUGGCUUCUGUAAUCCUAUGUGCAGUUCUAUAAGAGAUACACUAAACAUCUGACCACUGUAUUUAGUGGAAUAAUGGUAUCAGAUAGAAACAUGCAUUCCAAACUUAUAGUUUGAAAUAUCUCAUAAACAACUUUUUAAUAUUUUAAGUGAAUAGCUUUGUACAGCUAUUUAGCAAAGAUGAAUACAGCUGCUUUUAUGUAUGUUGACUUCUGAGUCAUAGUACCUAUAACAAUGUAUACCAGAUUAAAUGUGUUCCUCUUGUAACUGUUACAUCUUUCCAAAAGAAUAAAAGUUAAUUUCAAUAAAUAGAAAUCCUUUAAAAGAGUUGGGUUAUAAACUAGUUUACUUCAGAUUUUGUAACAUUAAAUAUACUUUUAUCAAGAAUGAAAUUAUUUAUUUCAUGCUUAAUUACACUCCUUGUUUUGUUUCUAUAAUAAAACUCUUUUUAGAAUUUUAA